AUGUCGUCUGUACCCAUGUUCAUUAACCCUACUUCUCUUUUGGCUGCCCUUGCUUCGUCCCCAGAUGACCUAGCGUUGUUUUAUGACCUGUAUCCGCCAACUCUCUUCUCGGGACCUAAUAUGACAGCAACUCCUUCUUCGUUCCCAUCCUACCCAUCGAUUUAUAUUGUGAGGCAACCAAGGCCUGACAAGCAUCGUUCAAGUUAUAUCAACCGGUUUGGUAGUACUACGAGUAAGGCGAAGGACAUUGUCACAGUAUGUCAAUUAGUCAAGCCAUGCGAUCAGCUAUUGGUUCCGCCUCCUGCACUUCCAGAUGAGGCCUUUGCAACUUUGCAGGCGCAGGUGGGCUCGAAUGCAGUAUUCAUGUCAAUUGCACAGGACUCUGAUGUGCAGGAGUGGUUGGCUGAGCAUACGAAAUAUCUGGAAUCUACAAUUUGGUCAGAUGAGCCAUCAUUAAGUGUUGACCUAGCUUUACGCCAGCAACAGCAACAACAUGCAUCUAACACUGCCGAGAACUUGACUGGUAGCUUUUAUGCUUCCUACUCCGGAAGCUCGGAAGCAUUUGAUGAUAGCGAUAGUGAUAAAGAGUUUGGUUCUCAUAAUAAUGGGCAGUCUUCGUCCUCCAAACGCACCCGCUCCAAUAGCUCUUCUGAACACAAGUUGCCGCCUUGGUUCCGUCCUAAAGUAGUCGAUGGAGAGAUCCAAUACGAGAUCUGGGUUGUUGGUUUCCAUCAUGAGCGGUCAGAUGAUUUGCCGCAACUACAGCAACAACAACAGACGCCUACAUCCACUAAAUUGGAUAGAUUAUUAUCGUCUCCAAGAUUGAAGCAGUUUGUAUUGGAUGAGGUGGCGCAAGGGAGGAUCGGGAUUGAUUUUAAGAGGAUUAUGGAUGAAAAAAGACUGAAUCGGAAAGCUUGUCGACGCGUCAUCCGAUAA